CUCCCUCCUCCUCCCACACACACACACACAUGCUCUCUCCCUCUUUCUGUCCGUCUUUCCUUCUAUCAGUCACUCAGUCAGUAAUAAUGGAGCCCAGCAGUCCCAAGAAGAUCCAGUUUGCUGUGCCUCCACUGCAGGGACAUCUGGACCCUCAGGCUGCCGAACAUAUCCGUCGCAGACGACCGACUCCUGCCACUCUGCAGAUCUACAGACAGCCUGGCACAGAUGUUGGAGAUCAACACAACGCCAGCGCAGAGUCACAGGAGUCAGACGCCUCUCAGAGGAAGCAGAGCACCUACGUCGCACCCUCGAUGAAAGAGCUUCAGCUGGGGGUGGAGCAACAUCUAUUGGGCGGGGCUCUGUGUGACACAGACGGCCAGCUGAGCCCAAUCACAGCGCAGCUCUAUGCCACUGCUUCUCUGUGGGCCAAUCACAACGGGCCAGAGGAUGCCAACGGGAACGAGGCCAGUCUGCCGUUAGCCAAUCAGGAGAGAGGAGUGGCAGAGAGCAACAGUUUAGGGGAUUUGUCACAAGACCUUAAAAAGGGAGCGUCCAGUCCUGACUCCGUGUCUCGAUAACCGCCUCUCGUUUUGUCCUCUUCUCUCUCUGCUGUUCAUCUGAUCUCAUUAACACGCUGCGCUGCAUCACACACGUGUGAUGUGUGUGAUGUGUGUGUGUGUGUGUGUGUGUGUGCUGGCUUCCCUCUGCUUCAUUCACUCAUAAAAACACAGAGAUUUUAGUUCCACGUCCUGCAUCAGUGGGGAUUUGCAGGUGAUGGUGUGGUGGUGAGGCUGUGCUUGUGUAGAAAUGGCUGUGAAUAAAAUGAUGCUGGAACAUUUACUGAACGUCUGAGUUCUUUAUCCUCAUGUACAAAGAGUCACAAGGUAAUCAGGUUACACAGUUAUUAGUCACUUUUCUAGUCAGUUAUUUUACAUGUCAAAGAGCAGCAUUGGCAAAUGCUAUAAAGUGUUUAUCUGUGGCCUGUUCCCGCUUCAGUUGUAAUAGCUUCAAUAGUUUAACUCUUCAGGUCUAAAGAACAUGAGGACGAGAGGUUAAAAUAAAAUGUAAAAUCCAGUUGCCUGUAGCUUAACACUUAAAGUAACCAUGACCUUCACAAAACUUUUUAACAAUGUAAAAUGAAGACAAACUCAAAGUUCUACAUGACCACCAGUUUUGUGUGUUAAAUUUGAAAUGUGAAUAGUAUUAAACAUCGAGCUCUCUCGUCUCUGGUGACAAAGACACUGAUUCCUUGUCUUCAUGCAACAGCGAGUGAAAUUACCGUAAUAACCACAUGUUGGCUUUGACUUGCAAUUUCUCAGCUUUCAGAAACUGUUGCGCAAUUACGGUAAUGCACAAACGUGUCGUCUGCGAUACCAUUGCUGUUAAAAUUGUUAACGUCACAAUGAAGUUGAAGAGUUUGUCACCUUUUGGACGACAUACUAUGACAUUUUAGUGACUUUUUGGGCGACAUACUAAACUAUGACAUUUUAGUGACUUUAAGGACAACAUACUAAACUAUGACAUUUUAGUUACUUUUUUGGCCGACAUACUAAACUAUGACAUUUUUGUCACAUUUUGGACGACAUACUAAACUAUGACAUUUUAGUGACAUUUUGGACAACAUACUAAACUACGACAUUUUA